GACCAAUAAAAGAAUAUUAAAAAAAACAAAAUAUGAAAGGUCAAAUUUAACUUUGGUAUAAUCCCAAGUUUUCAUAAUGAAAAAUAUUGACCUAAUUACCCUUAACCCAUCCAUCAUCCCCAAAAAAGGUCAAAAACUUCCCCACCGUCUCUCUCUCCUCCUCUCUCUGCGCAGACAAAGAAAACUUUUGCAAUUUGCAAACUCAUUCAUUUGAACCCAUCUUCUUAACUAAUGUCUACAGAAGAUAAGAGGUGAAGAUUUUCUCAAAUCGAAUUUCAGACAAGACCUCCUCCGAUUUUUGUUCUUCUUUCCUUUCUAUUGGUUUUGGUUGCCGCAAAAAAGAAAUGGGAAGCAAAUGGCGAAAAGCAAAGCUAGCUUUAGGUCUAAACUUGUGCCUUUACGUUCCCAAAACGCUCGAAGAGUCUUCUUCUCUCUCAAGAAGAUCCGACGACACCGUUUCGCUUUCUCCGUUGAUGGUCCCAAGGCCCACGACGCCGAUUCCUUCCUCCUCUGGUCUCCGAUUGCCGAGGUCCAUUAGCAAAUCCUCAUCAAAGAAAACGUGUGCGAUAUGUUUGACGGCGAUGAAAGCUGGGCAAGGCCAAGCAAUCUUCACAGCGGAAUGCUCUCACUCGUUUCAUUUCCACUGCAUCACCACCAAUGUCAGACACGGGAACCAGUUUUGUCCCGUUUGCCGCGCGAAAUGGAACGAGGUCCCUCUUCAGAGCCCUAACGCCAAGUCUAUAUCCGCCGUGAAGCCGAUAGGUCGACCGAGAGAUAACGCCUGGAUGACAAUACCGCCACGCAGGUCGUCUCAGAACCAAUCCUCUCCACGGCCUGACGGUCUAAGGCCUGUCUCCUCCAUCUUCAACAGCGAGCCCGCGGUUUUCAAUGACGACGAGGCUCUGGAACAUCAAGACCGUCCCGCUGAAUCGGGUUUGGAGGAUUCCGAGUCUCGUGUUGCUGGGAAACUGGAAGUCAAAACGUACCCUGAGAUCUCGGAAGUAGUGAGAUCGGUUUCGUUUAAGGACUUCGCUGUGCUGAUCAAUCUAAAAGCUCCCGCUGCUUCGAGUUCAUCGUCUUCUUCACGAGCUCCUGUGGAUCUAGUCACGGUUCUUGAUGUUAGCGGAAGCAUGGCGGGAACGAAACUGGCGUUGCUGAAACGAGCGAUGGGUUUCGUGAUUCAGAAUCUUGGCCCGUUCGACCGCCUCUCUGUUAUUUCCUUCUCCUCCACGGCACGCCGUAACUUCCCUCUCCGUCUCAUGACCGAGACCGGUAAACAAGAGGCGUUGCAGGCGGUUAAUUCGUUGGUCUCGAACGGAGGGACUAACAUUGCGGAGGGGUUGAAGAAAGGCGCGAAAUCUCUGAUCGACCGGAGAUGCAAGAACCCGGUAUCGAGCAUCGUGCUCUUAUCCGACGGUCAAGAUACAUACACCAUGACUAGUCCCACCGGUUCCAAAUCCAAAGGGACGGUUUACAAAUCGCUGCUUCCUAAAGAGAUCAAUGGAAACCGAAUCCCGGUUCACGCGUUCGGGUUCGGUUCUGACCACGACGCUUCCUUGAUGCAUUCCAUUGCAGAAAACUCAGGAGGGACAUUUUCUUUCAUAGAGUCCGAAACGGUCAUACAAGACGCCUUUGCGCAGUGCAUCGGAGGUCUUCUCAGCGUCGUGGUUCAAGAGCUGUGCGUUAAGAUCGAGUGUGUUCAUCCCGUGUUGCGGAUCGGUUCGGUUAAAGCUGGAAGCUACGGGUUCGAUAGCGGUUUGGAUUCGAGAACCGGAUCUAUCGGAGUCGGUGAUCUCUACGCAGAGGAAGAGAGGAAUUUCUUGGUGAACCUCGAUAUCCCCGUUGUCGAUGGGAAAUCAGAUCCGAUGUCGUUACUGAAGGUUCGAUGCGUUUACAGAGACCCGGUGACGAAAGAGACCGUCGACUUGAAUGUUUCCGACGAAGUAAAGAUUCUCAGGCCGAUAGUGAUGGCGGAACGAAGACCUGUGGUGUCGAUCGAAGUAGACAGACAGAGGAUACGGUUACUUGCGGCGGAAGCAAUCUCUGAAGCUAGGGUUUUAGCCGAGCGCGGUGAUUUGACGGAAGCUGUGUCGGUUCUCGAGACUUGCCGUGGGGUGUUGAAUGAGUCUGCGUCGGGGCGAGCCGGAGAUCCCUUGUGUGCCUCACUGUAUGCAGAGCUGAAGGAGACGCAGGAGAGAAUGGCGAGCCGCCAAGUGUACGAGACUUCGGGUAGGGCUUACGUUCUCGCCGGUCUGAGCUCACACUCGUGGCAGCGAGCGACGGCGAGGGGAGACAUGAGCGACACUACGACUACGAGUUACCAGACGCAAUCGAUGGUGGAUAUGGUGAAUCUUUCACAGACCAUGACUUUCGAAAGCCCUAUGGCUAUUUCCAAUUCGAGUUCGAAUUCGACUCCAAAUCCCUCGGCACAGAGGAAACUCCGGCAAGCUCUCUCUUUUCCGGCGAGGCCAAGACCUAGGUGAUUGCGGGAAAGGGAUUUGACGUUAUGGGAUAUUUCAAAUUUUCUUCGUUUUUUUUUUGUGGUUUUCCUUAGUACGAUUUGUUUUGCAAUUGGGAAGGUAGUGUACGUUUAAUUUCUCAAUUUUGGGGGGUAUAAGUCGAAUGAAUAGCUUUUGGUGAGGGUUGGGGGAAAAAAAGAAGAAGAAAAUGGAACAAAUGUGGAAUUGGUGCUUAUAUAGGUAUAUAUAUAUAUAUAUAUAUUAAAAUAUAUGUUGGCAUUUUUAACAAGAGUGGCUUGGUUUCUUUCUCCUUCAAUAUAUAAUUAUAAUUUUGCUAUUUGUUAUUCUUACAA